UGGGUGCAUCAGAAGGAACCCGAGAUUUGGAAACAAGCACACACAAUCUGCGAGUAUCAAGAUUUUCUCAAUUACAAAUUAACGGGCAAAAUGGUGGCCAGUUCCUGUAAUGCGGCGACUCGGUGGCAUUGGAAUGGAGAAGAGUGCAUUCGCAAUACUGAUGAUAAUAAUAAUAGCAAGAAGGGGCUACCCUUGUCACUCUACAAGACUUUGGGAAUUCCGGAAUUGGCCGACAAGUUGCCACAAACGUGUCUCCCCAUGGGUGCCGUGGUGGGGGGACUCACCGAGGACGCUGCCAAACAUCUCAAUCUACCAAAGGAUCUGCCCGUGAUACAAGGUGGAGCCGACGCCUUUGUGGGCAUGAUCGGACUAGGAUGUAUUCAUCCGGGACAGUUGUGUCUCAUUACCGGAUCGUCACAUUUACAUUGUGUCGUCACAUCCAAACCUUCCACGGCACCAGGUAUCUGGGGUGCCUAUCCGGGAGCCCCAAUGCCGGGCAUGAACUUUGCCGAAGGAGGCCAGUCGUCCACGGGUAGUAUUGUGCGAUGGGCCAAGAGCAAGUUGUUUCAACAAGGAGACGGCUUGUCGUACAAAGAUUUGGACGAUGAGGCGGCUCAAAUACCACCCGGUUGUGACGGGCUGGUGGCGCUCGAAACCUUCCAAGGAUCGCGGACUCCCGUCACGGAUCCAUUGGCGCGGGGAGCCCUUGUAGGCCUGACACUCUCGCAUUCCCGAGCACAUCUCUGGCGUGCCUUGAUGGAAGCUGUUUGUUUUGGAACUCGCGCUUGUGUCGAAGGUCUGGCCAAUGCAGGUCAUGUCGCGGAUGAAAUUAUCAUUGCCGGUGGGGCUACUCGGUCACCGCUGUGGUUGCAGAUGCAUGCCGACAUUACCGGCUUGCCGGUUGUGGUGUGUGAAAAUGGUGAUGCACCACUGCUAGGAUGUGCCAUUUUGGCCAGUAUCGGCGUGGGGAUUCACGAGGACGUGGAUACAGCUGUCAAAGCCAUGGUACGACAAUCCAGACGCGUCGUCCCCAAUGAGAAUGACAAACAAACCUACAAAAGCUUGUACAAUCAAGUGUACUCCAAGCUGGGAGAUGCUGCCCGUCCGAUUGCUCACGCCAUUGCCGACUUGCGUGGAGGCGGUAUUGAUGAUCAUGGUGAUGACAAGGCAAAGAAGAGACGAGUUGUCAUAUCACCUUCAUUGCUGGCAGCCGACUGGUCAAACAUUAGAGGUGAAGUUGAGAGGUGUAUCAAAGCAAAAGCAAGCAGGCUUCAUGUAGAUGUCUUUGAUGGGGUGUUCUUAGACUCCCCCCAUGCUUUUACUUUUGGACCUCAAAUGGUGCAAGCGAUUCGACGUUCUUGUGAUAAUUGCGACAGCCAGGCCGUGUUGGAUCUUCACAUGUGUGUCGAGCGUCCCCUUCGGUAUGUGCAGCCCAUGGCAGAUGCCGGUGGCGAUCGUUUCAUCUUUCAAUGGGAAGCCAUGGGAGGCAGCGACACGGGCGCUCUGCAAGAAGCCAUUCAACUGGCCAAAGCAGUCAUAUCCUCUGGGAUGCAGUGUGGUGUGUCCAUCAACCCUGGUACCGACGUAGAAUCAAUCCAUCCGUUGUUGGAAACAGGUCUUGUCGAUUUGGUAGAUAUCUUGGCAGUGGAGCCAGGAUUUGGUGGUCAAAAGUUUCAACCGCGAGCAUUGCAAAAGUUGAGAGAUCUAAAAGAAUGGAGGGACCAAGAAAGAGACCGAAGAAUGUUUGAACUGUUGGUGGAUGGUGGCAUCAAUGAACACACGGCUUCAUCAGCGGUGAAAGCAGGUGCCGGUAUCCUUGUUGCUGGGACGUACUUGUUCAAGCAUCCUGAAGGGUUGCGGGCGGGGAUAGAGGAGAUCUCAGCCGCUCAUGUGGAGGCGCGCAGUCGUGAUUGA